AUGGCGGGAAUCUAUACAAAACUAGAUUCUCAGGUAGACCUUCACGGAUUCACAGAUGUGGACGGAGAGGCAAAGUCAGAGUCUUCAUCCGCGAAAUUGCCGGUUAAAGAAUCGAACAAACUGGACGCGGCUGCUCAUGAUAAAAAGUCUGGUAUACACAUCCGGUCGGCAGUCAUGGCCACCCUUUUGCGCGUCUAUAAUGACCAGGCUCUUUCUGAAUGGAGGGCUCCUCUCUCUAUCAACACCGUUGUGGCAAUUCUAACUGCCAUUCUCAAGGGCGUGCUGGCUGUGCCUAUUUCGGGCGUACGACCAGGCGAGCCGUGGUGCCUGGGCUCCGCCAUACUUGUCUUUACCCAGUUCCGUGGGCGGAGCGUGUCAUCUGUCGCUAGUUUUGGUGCUGCUCUUGCCAUUCUCUCCCUGGCAAUCGAUCCUUUCUCUCAAGCAUACGUUUCGAUUACUACGUGUGUGCGAAGUCUCCCGAACUUGGCGUAUAUCCCUCGCGUAUGCCAUGUAAGAGGCACAAUAAUAGGGCCAAAUGAUGAGUCAGAACGCUCUAUUUCAGCUGAUAUGCAAUCUGCUAUCUUCGCAGGCAUCUAUUCGCCACCGGCGAACAGCUCUGUCAUCACCGAUGUUACUUGCUCCACAGGAAAUUGCUCAUUCCCUGUUCUUUUUACCACACUCGACAUGUGCCAUUCUUGUUCCGAUAUUUCCGAUCAGGUACUGAAGCUUGACAAUAAGACAUGGCUCUUGCCCGGCUACGGGUCGACGGUAUCACCAUCCUUCAAGAACUAUUACGGGAUGUAUUUGGUCAAUAUGACCACCUCUGCAAAUACAAGAGCUAUAUUAGGUCCCGAAAAGCCAAGGAUUAGCCUGUCUGAUUUUCAGAUAUUGGCUCUCAAAUGCCAAGGACUAUAUGACUGUAGUCAUGAGAUAGAUAGUGCGACAUAUACAGCCAUCGCCUUUGAAUGUAGCCUCACGCCGUGUGUCAAGACCUAUAUGGCUAAUAUGACAAAUCAUGUAUAUGCCGAACAUGAAGACAUACGGAAACGACAAUUUCUACAUCCCGGGCAACGUUAUGACUUUCCUGCCAAGUCCUUCGAUCUUGGGGUGAAUCGCACAUUCUAUAAUGGCAGCUGGAUCGACUGUCGCGCCUCUCAGAACAAAACCAACACACACACGGUGGACAUAUGCUCAUACAACAGCUAUCUUGAAUCUCUUCACGAACAUUACACUUAUCUUGAACCACCUCUUUAUUACCGCCCAGAAUGCACCUUUAAGGUUGGCUUUCACGAGGUAUAUACCAUGAAGGCAUUCACCGACGAAUUGUUCAGCGGGGCAACGGUGAGUUACGGAGAGCGCGGGCAUCCUCGGGGAGAUGCGUGGCUACUGAAGCUCUGGAAUUGGGGCCGGCUGGACAUUUCUACAGUUGACGCAUUUGCCAAGGGUCUUGCGACAUCCAUAGGCGCAACUUGGCGAAGGAACCCAAAAAGUCUCGGCAUCGAAGAAACCGAGUCAGAUCUGAAAAAAGCCGCGGAAGGUGUUGGAGCGACCUUUGAGCCGGUGGAUGGACGGUGGGAGUUUGACUACGAGCAGGGCAACAACGGCAUGUCAGAUGCCCUGCGCAGGCGAGCCCUCAUUGUCUUUGGGAGCAUUGAGCGCCGGGUACUUGAGAGCCGUGAAAACGGGGAACUGCCUUAUCAUAUGUUAGUGGAAGGAAACAACUAUCCGGAGUAG